AUGCAUUUCCCAAUCUCCGCUGCCACUGCGGCAGCCAUUUUCACCAUUUUGAUCGACCAGGCAGCUGCUCACUGCAGAUUCGUUCAUACCACUGGUGAUAAGGGUGGUGAUGGUCGUGGUUUACUCUCCACCUGGACUCAUCACGGUAACAAUGAUGUCUGGGGUCAAAAGGAAGCAACCAUCUUCAGCGACCCUCCAGUUCCUAACCCAGCCUUCACCCGUCUUUGGUUGAAUGAAGGCUGUGGUGUAACCCUACAGACUGUUGAUUUAUGGUGGGUGAUGUUCGGCGGCAGGGGAACAGAAGAUUGGUGGAAAUACCAACAGAUUCUCACCUGGCAGCCUAAGAUCACAAAGGAAGCUUGGGUUCAAACCUGGUGGGAAACCAAGAAGCAAGCCGAUGCAGGUACAAUGGCCGUUGUUAGCGGCGGUGGCGACGGUUGGCUUCACAUGGCCGUCCUUCAGAUCAACGAAGACGGCGCUGGGCCAUUCCGAUGCAGAGUCGACCCCAACGGCGACGGUAAAUACCCAUGGGGUUGGGAACCAAAUGACAGGUAUAUGAACAUGCCAGAACCCAACGACGGCGGAGCGGCCAAAUCUUUCUGGCCACAUGGUAAGCAUAAGGCCCAUCUUUUGAAAUGGAAGGUCCCCAGAGGCAUGUAUUGCGCCGGAAAGUCUGGUCAAUACUCGAAUGUUUGCAUCAUGAGAUGCGAGAAUUAUGCUACAAACGGUCCAUUCGGUGGAUGUAUUCCAUUCCGUGUGGUCGACCUUCCUCCAGAAAACAAACCAGCACCAGAAGCAGAGAAGCCAAUCGAGAAGCCAGUCGAGAAGCCAGAGGUCGUUGAUUACGGUUACCAUCCCCAGCCUGCUAAGGCGAACGAUGGUGGAUACUACAAGCGUAGCAUCGAAGUCGUCGACCCCAACAAGAUUAAGGUCCGUCGCGACGACGAGGGUAUUUUGCCACACGUUGUGGUUGAGAGGCGCAGUGCCGAGGCAUUCACGGAAAGCCAAAUCAAGGAGCAGAAGAGAAGUGAAGAGAGAGCUAUGCGCGACUUUGCUAAGGUCAAGCGUAGUGUUGAAAACGCCGUCAGAAGGGCCAGACGCUCGCCAGUUGUCGAGCCUCCUCAUGUCAUGAACCAGGACAACUAA